AUGUUGUACCUCGUAGGACUCGGUCUCGCAGAUGAGAAGGACAUCACCGUCCGCGGCCUCGAGAUCGUCAAGAAGGCCGAGCGCGUGUACCUUGAAGCGUACACGGCUGUCUUGCUUGUGGACAAGGAAGUGCUUGAGUCCUUCUACGGCCGCGAAGUAAUCAUCGCCGACCGUGAGAUGGUCGAAUCGUCCAGCGACGACAUCCUCGCCGACGCAGACAAAGUCGACGUCGCGUUCCUCGUUGUGGGAGAUCCAUUUGGAGCAACAACACAUACCGACCUCGUCCUGCGCGCGCGCGAACUCUCCAUCCCCACACGCAGCGUACCCAACGCCUCAAUCCUCACCUCGAUCGGCACGACCGGCCUGCAACUCUACAACUUCGGGCAAACAGUCUCCAUGGUGUUCUUCCUCGACAACUGGAAGCCGGCCUCCUUCUACGACCGGAUCGCCGAGAACGCCCGCAUCGGGCUGCACACGCUCGUCCUGCUCGACAUCAAGGUCAAGGAACAGAGCCUCGAGAACAUGGCGCGCGGGCGCAAGAUCUACGAGCCGCCGCGCUACAUGACGGUGGCGCAGUGUGCGCAGCAGAUGCUGGAGGUCGAGGAGGAUGUUAAGAAGGAGGGUGUUUACAGCCGGGAGAGUCUGGCGGUCGGUGUUGCGCGGGUGGGUGCGCAGGAUGAGAAGAUUGUUGCUGGCACGCUGGGGGAGCUGUGUGAUGCUGAUUUGGGCAAGCCGUUGCAUAGUCUGGUGCUGCUGGGACGGAGGACGCAUGAUUUGGAGAGGGAUUUCUUGUUGGAGUUUGCGGUGGACAAGGAGAAGUUCAAGAGUGUGUGGGCCAGGGAUUAUGAGGACAAGCAGUGA